AUGGCGGACACUGAGCGCUUGCUGCUGAACCACUACAAUCUGAAGACGCUGUCCCCUUCGCAAUGGCCUGCCGAAAAGGAUGACAGCGACGCCUCAGAUGAAGAGCCGCCGCGUAACCAAAACGUGCGCAGAUCAAAGUCAAGAUAUUCGGUUCUCGAACGUGGCGCGAGCUAUCGCAACCGCAGCAGCGUCCCGGGCACGCAAAAGACGAGCGAGGGGAGAGAGAACCUAGUCCAGCAGGACGAGCCAGACCCACUGGGCGCGUCACGAAGUGUAGUCCAGGUGCUCCGCCAGCGAGGGCUGCCCGUCGACGAUGACUUGGAGCUCAGAAACCGCUUCCUCCUCUCCUCGAACACCUUCGCCCCUACGUUGUUCCUCUCCCAGGUCCACAGCGAAGCCUCAACCGAAGCCCUCCUCCAAGGCCUCGACUUCCUCUCCCGCUCCAUCGAGAAGAAGUCUGCAUCCCUCAAAGACCUCGUGGAGUCCAACUUCGAGCGCUUCGUACGCGCUAAAGCCACAAUCGACAAUGUCUACAUGGAGAUGCGCAACCAAGGCGCUGAACCAGAGCAAGUCCGGCCACGUUCAGGGCACGCACGCACAACAAGCAGGACUGGCGGGCAUAUGCGGAACGUAAGUAAUCCGCUCAGUCCGCUCAGUCCUACACGGGGCAUGGAUAAGCCGUGGCCGAGCGAGAAGAAAAAAAAUGCGCUGGCAAAGGAAAGCGAGUACGGAGUUCUGGGUAUAAAGGUGCCGCUCCUAGAAGCAGCUGUAAAAGCGGAAGAGCUGUGGGGACCGGCGCUAGGUGAGCGCGCUAGGGAGGAGACAAUCAAGGCUACGCUGUCCACAAUAGAGCAGAAUCGGGCCUUGUUCGAGAUUGGCGCCUCGAUCCACGACUGCAUCAAGAGGAAGGACCACACGACGCUCGUGGAGGAGUAUGCCAAAGCUCGAAGGUAUGCAGAGAACGCCAAGGGCGUGGCAGACAACGCGGUGCAAAACCGGGUUCCCCUGACAGAUCCACAAAUCCAUCAAAUUAUCGUUACGGCGCGUAUGUGGAGUGAUGUGGAAGAGCAGAUCGAGGGCUUUAGGAGGGAUGUCUGGCGGCGGCUGGCUGGAACUCACUUUACCAAGCAAAAAUCUACCGAGGAAGACAAGCCCGAAGAGCACAUGGAGCUGAUCAAGGUCCUGCUUGAGCUGGGUGUCGAACAGAGCCCAAUCGACGUCUGGCUAUUCAGCCGUUACGACUAUCUCAAGAGCAAGAUCACGGCUGUAUCCGAAAGGAUGAGAGUAGAGAUAGAAAUCUUGCGCCGACGUCUGGCCAAUAGCGAUAGGCCCAGCCAGAAGCAGCUUGCGGCUCAUCUCCGCUCCGUUAAGGAAGGUGGUCCGACAGAUGCAGCGCACCUAGACUCGCAGAAAGUCGUUGAGUUUUGGGAGUAUACUCACGAUUCGCUAGCAGGUUUGCUCUCCUCCAAAGGGGGUGUGCUCGGCGAAGUCAUCGAAUUUUGGGAAACCGCCCAAUCCUUCAUCGAUGGCAAAGCGCAACGCACACUACCCGUCGGUCUCGAUGGAGGGAGCCGAAAACAUCACCGUCUAUCUACCGACGGCAUCAGAGAUCUACACGAGGGCGCCCGCGAGUUAGUCAAAUUACUCCGUGAAAGUGUCCUGUCCUUUUUCAUCGAUCCCCCAAUCGACGAUAUCUCGCAGCUGUACUCCCCUGCUACGCCCGACACACCAAAGACGCCUUACUCAGCUACCCUGACCCCGCUCAGCGACAAACGCUUCAAGUUCGACCCCAACAACCUGCCUCCACCUUCGCCAAGCCGCGGCGAAGCAUGGGAGAAGUACGCAUUCUGGCCGCCCUAUGCUACUUCUCUGAGCGGUGCCCAGUACCUCAGCCGCAUCCUUACAACCAUCGGAACCGCAGCAUCUGACCUGGCGAGGCUUUCAUUCUUCCGCGAUGGCCGCACCUCCCCGGACGAGCUACGCCAUCUCGUCAGCACCGUCAGAGAACGCUGUAACAGUGCUGUGUGCGCAGCCUGGGACGGGGAUGCGGCGCAGCUCAAGCUGCUUGAAACCUGGACGCGAUCGGUCGACCACCCGCAUCUGACCACAAUGCCUGAGCGCUUCAUGGCUUUUGAGAUGUUCAUGCUGAACGGCAUACAGAAGAUUACGUAUCUCAGCGACAUCAGAGGGGCGGGAGAUGUCAUUGCUAGUCCCAGUGCGAAGACUGCACAGGUUCUCAAGAGUACCUUCAUGAACAGCUUGUAUAAGACGCUUAGUGGAAUGGUGGAGAACGCUGAGAAGGGUACUAAGAGUGAAGAUGAGGUUGAGGAUGCUGACGGGAUUACUGUACCCGCGAGUGGCCGUAACGGUGGAUCUGACACCAGUCUCGGAGCUGUGGAUGCAAGAAAGAGGUCAAUCCGCCUCCUCCUAACCCUCAGCAACCUCCAACAGCUCCAACGCGAAACUGUCCCUCAACUCCUCUCCCAAUAUGAAACCCUCUUCUCAGCCAGCCUAAGCACCGAGUCCCAAACCCUCCGCGACGUCCUCUCCCAACUCGAGUCCCGCCUCUUCACCUCCUACCUCCAGCCGAUCACCCACUCCCUCUCCCGCACCAUCCACGACGGCAUCCUCUCCGCCUCCUGGCCCCCAACCUCCAACCCCACCGACGCGCGUCCCUACGUCUACGACACCCUUCUGACCCUCGUCCUCGUGCACACCGAAGUGUCGACCACGACGCCGCCGCUGACGUCGACGGUCCUCGCGCACCUCCUCGCUGAGAUCUGCACGGCCCUCAUCGAGGCCUUCAAGCUGAGAGAGCGAUACAGCCUCCUCGCGCUCAUGCAGGCGACGCUGGACACGGAGUUUCUGGCCCAGACGCUCGGCGCAUACACGACGGAUAAGGCGAGCCAGGUCCAGAGUGAUAUCUACACGGAGCUGGAUGCACGGACAAGCGAGCACGCGAGGCGCGGGCUGCAGAGUGAGUUGGGCGGGCUGAGGGGCGUGCUUAAGGGGUUGAGGGAGGGGACGAGGGUUGAGUUGUGA